CCAGUGGCCAUCCAGUGCCUGGAAACAGCAUUUGGGGUCUCCAUGGAAGACCAAGGGCUGGCUGUGUCCCAAACCCUCCCUGAAAUAUUUGAAGCUGUGGCAGGGAAGGAGCUGGAACAUUCCAGAACGAACUCAGAGCCCAUCACCCCCUCAGAAGAUGAUGUGGCUGAAGCUGAAAGACUCAAGACUGAAGGAAAUGACCAAAUGAAGGCAGAAAACUUCGAGGCUGCCGUGUCUUUUUAUGGAAAAGCCAUCGAGUUAAACCCAUCCAAUGCUGUUUAUUUCUGCAACAGAGCUGCUGCCUACAGCAAACUGGGGAAUUAUGCAGGAGCUGUGAGGGACUGCGAGCGAGCCAUCGGCAUCGACCCCAACUACAGCAAAGCCUACGGCAGGAUGGGCUUGGCCCUCUCCAGCCUAAACAAACACACAGAAGCUGUGGUUUAUUACAAAAAAGCUCUGGAAUUGGACCCAGACAACGAAACCUACAAAUCCAACCUCAAAAUUGCUGAGCAGAAAAUGAAGGAGACUCCCAGUCCUACGGGCGGCCCCGGGGGCUUCGACCUGGCGGGAUUGCUGAACAACCCCGGCUUCAUGAGCAUGGCCUCAAAUCUCAUGAACAACCCCCAAGUACAGCAGCUAAUGUCCGGGAUGAUCUCGGGAGGUCACAACGCCAUGGGGGCGGCCGGGAGCAGCCCCUCCACCAACGACCUGGCCAGCCUGAUCCAGGCGGGCCAGCAGUUUGCUCAGCAGAUGCAGCAGCAGAACCCCGAGCUCAUUGAGCAGCUCCGCAGCCAAAUCCGCAGCCGGACCCCGAGCGCCAGCAACGAGGAGCAGCAGGAGUGAG